UCAUGUAAAAUCCAUACUUUGCCCUUCUUCUCUCUCCACCUUUGCCCUAGAAAAAGGCACUUCCUUCCCUUCAUAACUCCUCCGCGGCAGUCUUUUCAGCCUCCAAGCUUGCGAGAGAGAGAAGAGAGAGGGAGAGGGACUGAUUUACUAUAUAGUUUUUUUGUUCUUAUAUUUCAAUCUUCCUCUGUUCUUCUUUUUUUUUUUUCUCUUCCGUGAAAUCUGUUUAUUGAUCAUAUUCUUUUCUAUAAAUCGAUCUGAUAAGAACCCAUUUGCUAUCGGAAUAUUUAUAUCUGUGAUUUGAUUGAAUUUGUUGGGUUAUAAAACUUGUUUGGAGACUAAAUAGAGAGCUCUCGUUUUGUCUGGCAAUGGCGCCGAGUUUUGACAGUGCUGUUUCGAGUCUUAUCUGCACAGAAGAUAACAGCAUUUUCGAUGAUAACGAGAACUAUGGGAGUGUAGUGGGGGGGUUUGACGAUCGUAGGAGUUAUCGAACCCUUUAUCAUUACCGGGGCUCCGAUUGUGACGUCGGGUUGCCGUUGCAGAGUGAGGAGUGUUUGGCUAUGAUGAUUGAGAAGGAAACCCAACAUUUGCCUGCUUCUGAUUACUUGAAGAAGCUGCGAAAUGGGGAUUUUGACUUAAACGCUAGAAAAGAGGCUGUUGAUUGGAUUGGCAAGGUUCAUGCCCAUUUUGGCUUUGGUCCUCUUUGUGCGUAUUUGUCAAUAAACUACCUGGAUAGAUUCCUCUCUGUCUAUGAAUUACCUAAGGGCAUUGUCUGGAUGAUGCAAUUGUUGGCUGUAGCUUGUUUGUCUCUUGCUGCUAAAAUGGAGGAAACUGAGGUUCCUGUAUCUCUAGAUCUACAGGUGGGUGAAUCAAAAUUUGUAUUUGAAGCCACAACCAUACAAAGAAUGGAACUUCUUGUGCUAGGCACUUUGAAUUGGAGAAUGCAAGCUGUUACUCCUUUCUCCUUCUUGGAUUAUUUUCUUCACAAGAUCAAUGGUGAUCAACCUCAGCUCAAUGCCACAACAAUGUCGAGAUCAAUUCAACUCAUCUCGAGCUCGAUAAAAGGGAUUGACUUGCUGGAAUUCAGGCCUUCUGAGAUUGCAGCUGCUGUAGCAAUUUCUGCUUUACUGGAGAACCAAACACUAGACUUAGAGAGUGCAAUUUCUCAUCUUGCUCCUUACAUUGUUCAAAAGGAGAGAAUGUUGAAGUGCAUGGAAUUGAUGAAAGACGGGUCUGGGUGUAUUAAGGCUGGAAUUGGCUCAGUCUCGUCAGUCCCUCAGAGCCCAAUUGGCGUCUUGGACGCCGCAUGUUUGAGCUGUGACUCAACUCUCGGCUCAUGUGCGAAUUCCUCACAGACCACCCCACCCACCAAACGAAGAAAGCUAAACAACAGACCUUGUCAAGUGGAGAGAUAAAAAAUUACAUAUGCCUGCCUUCCUGCCUUUUUGCUUUGCCGUUUUGUUAUAUAAUAGUAGAUUUUUUUGUGUGUUUUAUUAGGGGCACCUCCUAUAAAUUUAGACCCAAAUCAGAGAAAAGAGAAGUGGAAGAUGGAGAAAGAUAAUGAGAUCCCAAGAGAAAAACCCUACAAUAAUUGGAGUUAGGAAGGUUACUAGGGUUUGACGUUUUGGAUGAGUCGACAAGAUAUUUUCGGAUUAGCUCAUGUAUAUUUCGAUAUUUUGGACAAGUCGGGGAAGUAUGAUGGGUCGGCUUGUGCUUAUUUUGAUAUAUCUCGAUUGAGUUAGAUCGGAACUGAAAAUUGGGGAUUUUUUUUUUUUUUUUUUUUUGAGUAAGUUGGGUCAUGGUUGAAGGUUGGAGAUGGAUUUUGAUUUUUCAUGUUGUUGGCAUGAAAAGUAGGAGGGUCACCAGCUGUUAAAUAUUAGACUUCUUAACAGCUAGAGACAGAAGAAGAAGAAGAAGAAAGAGGGAGAAAAAAGAAAAAAGAAAAUGGUUUUUUCUAUUUGUUAAUUUAUUUUUCUGAUGAGAUAGAGUUUGUUCUAUUGAAUAUUUUAAUUUAUAAAAGAUAGUAAAUGCUAGAUUUGUUCUA